UUUAUUCAGUUUUACAGCGUUCACGGCGAAGGACGGACGUUUUUUCUAUUCGCCUCAGUUCUAGUUAAGCAAACCAGUUUUGGAACAAAUGCUUUUUGUUCGCCAGUAUCAGCAUCGCAUUUAUGAAUCAUUCAAACCAAUAAGUUUGCAUAGCGUUUGACAAUACUUCACUACAUCUGGAAACUAAAAUACGUCAUCAAUCCUCGAUGGACUUCCCUGCAGCAUAAUUAGAAAGAAAAAAAAAGUAGGAGUAAUCUUUCUUCGCUUCGCUGGCUCCGCUGGAACUGGGUAGGGGCUACCUUACCAAUCCAUCACUUUUAUCUCCAUCACCCUCGACCAAAUUUUUCAACUUUCUUUAGUCUGCGUUGGAAUCACUUCAAAAAUAGUAAGCGGUUUAAAAUGGUUGAAGAAAUAAGACAAGUCUCUUUCAACAUCGACGAUAAUGAUUGUGGCAACAAUGAGCUGUCCACCUUCCCAACUACCCGAAGCUCGCUUGACAUUGAUUACAAAUCCGAAAGUGUUCCGGUUGCAGCAGGGCCCCACAGUUCAAUUUCAAGAAUAAACUCUAACUCCAAUUUUAUGCUGUCAAACAACUCCGAAGUUUCGGGACUGGAACUUGAAGAAUGUCCAGCGAUUUCGAAGUCCUCAUCCCCAGUCUGCGUGACGAAAGGACCGAUAUGGAACCGGACGGCCUGUGUGUGGUCCAGCUUUAUUUUGUUCAUACUCCUAGUCGGUGCUAUUUCAUUGGGUUUGAUAGUUUGGAGCAGCCGUCAAGAAACCACGAGAGACUCUUCCCGUUCGAAUUCUGAAUCGCAUUCGAAUUCAUUAUCAAAGCAAGCGCCGGAACUUUUCUGUCAUAAUCGAUCAACGGUGGGUUAUCCAUCCGCAUUGUUCACCUCUGGAUACGACAUCAUGCGAGCAAAUCCACUUGACAAGAAUAUUUAUGGAAGACCUCUACUAGAGCACACUUUACUGCUUGAAUGUCAAAUAACACAGAAUGCGGAUCGCUGCCAGCCUAAUGUAGAAUCUGUUCUGAUUGACAACCUUACUGCUUAUCACCGGUGGACUCGCCGAUUCUUAGCGUUCUCUUUUAAAGAUGAAGACCACAGAUUUAAUACUUCGGCCAUUAUCAGCGCAGUCUCUAGUGCUAACGACAACGACUUGCUAAACAUUCAGGCUGGUUUAAUGGCAGGUAAUCUGUUCAUUAUGACUCACUUGAAUUGUCCUCUUGUCAACACCUCAAGAAGCCAUGAACCACAAAUCAAACGUGAAUAUGCGCAUCGGCUACGAAUGACAACUAACGAAAACACGGAUGACGAGGAAGAGCUGGAUGAAUUCAUCGAGGAUUUCGGAGCUCAUUACGUUGAUCGAGUAGUCCUUGGAACGGAAGUAGUUAUUCGUUUUACACUAGACAGGAAAACGGUUGAUUCGUUUAAGCGGAAGAAUUUGAGUUUCGUUUCCCAUGCCACGGCUACCGGACUCUACAUUGUUUCACGAAGUAAUGCUUUUACUGUUAAAAGGAAUAGCCAAAAGCUGGCAACAGAUUUUAUGGCAUCAGCCAAAACACAAAUUUAUUCCGGUUCAGCGCUUUCUCCUCCGAUAAAUGAACUGCAAACGGCUGAUCACUGGAUUCAAUCAGCUCUAAAACAUUAUGUCGUGAUAAGUCUACAAGUAAAACCAAUCCAUUAUCUCUUCGCUCAAAUAUCCCAAAAUAAUAUUCCAACAAUACAAGAAAAAUGGUGGCAAAGUCGAAAAAGAAUCUGUUCUCGGAUUUUGUCGCUCGAGUUAACUGACAAGUGCCAAUAUGUCAAUGAAAAUAGUUCUAAAUCGCUUCCGCAAUACCCAGAGAAUGAACAAUACAAGGCCUUCGUGCUUCCUUUGCUUUUAAUUUGGACCAAUCGAAGUACCGUUUGCCUCCGCACUUCCUGGAAACACUGCUUGGAGUUAUGCCGUAAUGAUCCUCUGUGUUCGGCCGCCUCCAUUUGCGCAACAUCCCGCAGCGCUUCCGCUUACCAAAAGUGGGAAGGGACAAAAACUACUGCUUCAUGCCCACCGGAAUUUCAAGAUUGCGACUGCGCUCUUCAUCGUCAGCAGGAUUUCAAUUAUGGGAUCGUUUCGCCAAAAGUAGUAACUCUAGUGCCAGUGAGACAAGAUUUGCGACCAGUGAUACUUCGCGGGUUUGCAGUUCAUGGGCAACCGCUUCUCUCUGUCAAACGACUACCAGAUUUAGCUUCGUGCGUUCGUCUAUGCAGUAGAACAGCUGAUUGUCAAAUAGUUUCUUUCAGUCAAUACGAUAUUGACCAGCACAAAAUUUGUAAACUGUUCAGUAACAUGAAUGGCAACGAGCUAAGACGGAAAGGACAAGCCGUGACGUUAUUUAUCAUGGCAACAUUUAACCCUUGUUUCGUGGACGAGAUAGAAUCAGCACGGAGCAGCUGUUCUGCUAACGCAAAGUGCUCUUCCGUUUACGGUAUGUGCGUUUGCAUGCCGGACUAUUUUAAAAACGGAACCGCAUGCAUCUCUCACAAUCUCCGCAACAGACAGUACGCCACCGAAGUGAAUGAAUACUUCGACAGUAAUGAUCAUGCUAAUAAAAAAUAUCACCAUUCAAAUAAGCCAAAUGAAGAACAGCAGCAGAGAACUCAUUCACUUUCAAGCACACUUCCCAUCAUAAUACAAUCCAACAUCUCUACUACUUCGCGUAUUAAUAUUGCAACUUUGAAGACUGUUACUUCUAAAACAAGCACUGAAGACGUCAAUCUUAUUGAUAGUGGACCACAUAGUUUUAGUGAAUUACAGACAACUACGAAUAAACACCAGCGACACAUGCCUUUAACCGAGAAAAUUAAUUCUUUUGAAAGUAUAUCUACUACACCGAUGUACACUAAGCCUACUAAAAGCAGGCUAGACUCUACUAGUAGUAGGCCAACGUCUUCUUAUAUACCAUGGCAAAUGAAAUUUUGGAAAAGAGUAAUAGAGUGAACUUAAAUUUGAUGCAAUAUACUUUCAGAGAUG